GAGCCCGUGUGCCAGUGUGUGCCGGCGAGGGCAAGCGGUGACAGAUCUCUGCUGAAGCAUCAUGGGAAACUCCUCCAGCAUGUCAGUGAAGGAGCUGAGCGCAUGUCAUUCCCAUCAGUGGUACCGCAAGUUCAUGACCGAGUGUCCGUCCGGUCAGCUCACCUUCUACGAGUUCAAGAAGUUCUUCGGCCUGAAGAAUCUGUCCGAAACAUCCAACGAGUACGUCAAGACCAUGUUCAAGACGUUCGACAUUAACGACGACGGCUGCAUUGAUUUCAUGGAGUACGUGGCGGCUCUGAGUUUGGUUCUGAAGGGUGGCGUUCAGCAGAAACUGCGCUGGUACUUCAAGCUGUUCGACGUGGACGGCAGCGGCUGCAUCGACCGCGAGGAGCUGCUGCUCAUCUUCAAGGCCAUUGAAGCCAUUAACGGAGUAGAGCAGGAGUUUUCCGCGGAGGAGUUGACCGACAUGGUGUUUAACAAGAUCGACGUUAACGGAGAUGGCGAGCUGUCUCUGGAUGAGUUCAUCGAGGGCAUCCAGGCGGACGAGGUUCUGUCGGUGAUGUUGACUCAGAGUCUGGAUCUGACUCAUAUCGUCAGUAAUAUCUACACAGACAUGGGCUCUGAGCAGCAGCUCAACUGACCCCAGACCAGCCCGAGAUCAGGGUGCCAAACCAGAGGAAGACGAAUGAAUGAAUGCUGUUCCUU